AUGGCGCCUAAGAAGAAGCUCAAACCGACACCGGAAGCCGCGCCAGACACGCCGGUCGAGCGAAGUCGCUCUGUCUAUGGUGACAGCCACGCAGCGACUGAGAAAGCCAUGCUAUCCGCACAUGCCCACCACCUAUGGAACGCUGGCGCGAUCGACGAGCACAUGGUCGCGGAGCUGUCGAAAGUCAACCCCAAAUCCGACGUUCACAGCGUCAGGUAUACAACAGACUACCUCGCGGCCCAUCCAGACUACACGGGAGAGGACGCGGACGAGCUACCAGCUAUGCAGACUGCUAUGAAACACCGGAGAAGCAGAGACGAGGCACAAAAUAGGGUUUUGGAAGACUACUGGGCGGGACGCAUCGAUCUCUGGGGUCACCCAACUGGACAUCAGGUCGAUGAUAACGGCAGGGACUUACUGCCGCGCACUCAAGGUACCCACCGCCACAAUGGAGCGCCAGGAGCCGCUACGCGAGGUGAACACAUCGGCGAUACCAGCGAGAUAGAUCACAGUUCAUCCGACAGUUCUGCAUCUCCCACAAUCACAGGACACGGGCGCUAUACCGAACAUCACCCGAACGGAAACACACAAGCAUUUGUAGCCAACGCUUUGAAGCAGUUCGCGAAUUCACCUAUUAGAGAAACCCUGCCAACUGCAACCCCACCAUCGUUCAAGCAACAAAUAGCGCAAUUCCAAUACACUCCGGAUCUCUUACCCUCCGAGGCCCCAUCUACAGCGCCACCCUUCAGCAGCCCCACGCGCAAGUGCCCAAGCCGAGAAGAGCCCGAUCUGCAUUCUGGGAUUGCACCCAACCGAGCGAUCUUGAUCUCCAUAUCCCCUUCACGAUUGUCGACCCAGCGAUCAAUGCAAGCUCGCACCGUUGUACCUCUACAGCCUCUACACGGUAACUCAGACUACACCUAUCUCGAUUACUACAGGGCAGCAGCGCUCUGCCGAAAGCGCGGUAUACCGAGUGGCGGGAACGUGCAUGAAGUGCGAAACCGCCUUGUACGUGACGAUAAUGCCAUGAGCGAAGGACUUCCGCGUGUGAUGGCGUCGUCGAUAUAUCGUAAGGCGUAUAAGACUGCGGCGCCAGGUGAAGAGGAGAUCGGUCGUUGA